AAAAUAGCUAAAACGGGGUCCCUGUGUUGUGUGGCUGCAAGGCCACAUGAAUCACAUACGGCCAGUAGGGAUUGGUCCGUGGGUCCAGAGGAGCCUUGCUGGCGAACUAAUACGAGCUUCUCACCACCCCCAUCGAGAUGGGAUUUCCGAUUCCAACCUGAAGAACUACAGUAUGGUUUGCAUGAUGGUAUUCAGCAACAUGGGUCUUCUACUUCAUCAAACAGUAAAGGAAGUAGGGGCUGGGUAAGAGGCAACAAUCUCUAUAAUCAUCACUACUCUGCAUCUGAUGGUGCUGCACUGUUUUUAAGUAGUUCAUCUGACCUUUCUCAAGGUCCUCAGUGGACACCUCCAGCGAUACAGGAAAUCAGUAUAGAUGAUUAUGAAACUGCCAAAAGGAGAGCUUUUGGGCAUUCAUUCUUUAGACCUACCAUGGAGGGAACUUCAGAAAUUCAAGACACCGGGGGAUCCUCCUCAUCCCGUUCAGACAGCAGUGAGUCUGAACCUGCACUCAAGGCAUGCCUAUCUUCUCAUCAUACUUUACCGAGCCGCCGUUCAUUCAUGUCCAAACCUAUUCAUCCCUUAUCUUUUCCUGCACAAACUCCUCCAAGAGAGGCUUCUGACCUUACAUUAGCUGGAUUUACGGAAUUUGAUGCUGCCACUCCUCAAAGAGAUGGCCACCGCUGGAGCAGUGCGAGUAGCAGCAUUGAUUUUGCAGAUGUUUCUGAGUCAUUUGAGGCAGAAAUUUCUGGUCGACCAUGUAAUAAUAUGUCUGAUGGUUUUAGAUGCGGGUUGUGUGAAAGGUUUCUUUCACAGAGAUCACCUUGGAGUUCUCGUAGGAUAGUAAGAAGUGGAGAUAUGCCAGUCACAGGGGUGCUUUCUUGUUGUCAUGUCUUCCAUGCAGAGUGCUUGGAGCAAACAACACCCAAGACACGUAAAAAUGACCCUCCCUGCCCAUUAUGUGCCAGAUUUGAUGAGGAAAAUCUCCCUGAGCAGCAAGGCUUCGCAAGACUGCGGACUGGUUUUCCACGGCUCAGACCAAUUUCUGAUGACGGGCCAUCCAGGCCUUGGGGAUGUACGCAGGUAGGAGAUUGUGUUGAAGGGGCUUUGCAUGCUCCCCCGCGCAAUAGUAUGCUGUUGCUUAACAGAAGUCGCAUAAAGAAAAAUCUUUCUUUGAAAGGUAAUUUGGGCAAAGAAUUUCCAGGUAAGUUGAGAAAAAGUGGCUCUUACUCUUUUCAGCAUUUGAGUGGAAAAUCAGCUGACCAGGGAGCAGUUGGAAGCUCAAAGUCAAAGAUGACUGCAGGCCUGAGUAUUAAGAACUGAAGAAAAUACAUAGCUAAAUCGGAACCCCGAAAGUUUUCUUGAUAGGCAAUCCUUGAAUUCUGCUAUUUGGUUGCAAGUCUGAGUAGAUUAUAUAUCUGCAGUGAUUGGAUUGGAUAGCCUGCCGCCUUGUAUAGAUUUGAUCUUGCUCAAAUUGUGGGUUGAAACCUUUGUUGGAAGUAGACACAUGUAUGUUUACGUUGCUAUUGUGCCUCUGUAUUUUGAUUUGUGGAUGAAUCUGUUUUGCCCUCUAAGAAAAGGGAAAUUAAUUUCUUUUUUCUUCUU